AAAAAAAAUGUGCUGGUAUCAGAUUGGAUCGUUAUCGGCAGAUACUCAGAAUUUUCGGUAUCGGAUCAGAUUGGUUCUGAAAAAAUGGUAUCGUUGCAUCCCUGGUAUCUACCAAAUAUACACCAAUAUAAACUGCAUCUCUCUCUCCUCUCCGUCAGUGAGUUUGACACGCAUCCGUCUCCUGUCAAUUACAGAGUGUUCACGCGGGACUGCAGGUAUUCUGCAUAAUUUUAAUCAUUCCCGUGCGAGGGUCGAGGGAGGCAGACAGGGAACAGUGAGUAUAAUCCAACAGUAAAGUCACAAGGGCAGGCGGCAGAGAAUCACAACAGAUUGAACAGUCCAGGGUCAUACACAAGAGAUCUAACUAUCAGGGAAUAAACGCUCAGAAAUGUAGCCGGGGCCAUACAAGACUUUGCAAAGACUAACGCUGCAUCCGAAAACUUAGGCAGCUGACUUGCUGCCUCCCUGCCUUAUGAGGCAAUGACUUCAAAGGCUGCGUUUUUGCACGAAGGCACCUCCGGAAACAGUUUUGGACAGGCUUCUGAGGCAGCAACAUACGUGGUUGCUAUGUUACCAGGAGCUCGUUACCGCCACCUGGUGUAUUCGGUCAGUGAUUUAAUUUAAUAAAAAUGGAAAUAAAACAGUUAAUACAGUUAUGUAUGAACUCUGUGAUGAUUUUUGAAGAACUUGAUGAACUCGCUCGCCAAAGGUCUGUGCACCGGAGGAGAAGGUUGAGAAUGGCAGCUACUUUUUACUUAAAUGGAAGAACAGAGGUAAGUCUUAAUUGAAGGUUAGGUAUUUGUUCUCAUUUUCUAAAAUAAACAUAUUAUAAACAGCAAUACUGUUUUUUAUUUUAUUAUUACAGUAUCACUGUUCAUUAUUGUAUAUAUUUUCAAAACCUCCUAGGCAAAUCUUAUAAUUAAGCUAAUAUUAUAAAUAUUAGCAAGUGUUAGAUUUAAAAAAAUAUUUUAUUAAACAUAAUUAUUAUACAUAUUAUACAUUCCAAAAUGAGCAGUUUUUCAGUUUAAUUACAUUUUCCCAACAGAGCUCACCAGUUUAUUCCAUCUGCAACCAAACAGUCCCACUCCUACGCAUCUUUUUUGAAGGGGGUUACACACGGCCUGAUUUCCGGCUGAGUCGUGUGUCCAUUACAGCCCUUCUCCAGCUCCUGGACCAGAGGCGGGUUCAUGGGUGGGGUCCAACCAUUGAACUACUGGUCUUCCUUUUCUGGCUGGCCAGUGGAAGCUCCUACCGUGUGGUGUCCAGGGCGUUUGACAUGCCCACAUCCACUGUUCACCAACUCAUCCAUCGAGUUGCGGGGGCAAUGACAGGUCUUACACCACGUGUGAUAAGCGUCCCAAACACCUUGGAUGCACAAAGGGAGGUGGGUGAGGGUUUCAGGCAGCUGGCAGGGCAUCCAGCUUUUCAAUGGUCAAUGGGUGCCAUUGAUGGAUGUCACAUCCGGAUCAAAGCACCUGGAGAACCCCAUGCUCAGUGCUACAGAAACCGCAAACUGUUUCCCUCAAUCCAGCUGCAGGCUGUAUGUGACCACAAAGCCAGGUUUAUUGAUGUCUUUGUUGGCUUUCCUGGCUCUGUGCACGACUCCAGAGUCCUCCGACACAGCCCCCUGUAUCGCAGUGGGGCAUAUCCACCACCGGGACACUUCCUCCUGGGUGAUGGAGGCUACCCCUGUUUGGAGAGGCCCAUUGCCCUGUUGACACCCUUCAAGCAGCCCGUAGGAGUGGCACAACAGAGGUUUAAUGCUCAUCAUGCCAAAGCCCGCUCAGUCAUUGAGCGAGCAUUUGGCAUCAUGAAGGCCAGGUGGAGGGCCAUCUUCUUCCACGCCCUGGAGGUUGACACGUCAUUCGUCCCAGAUGUUGUGAUGGCAUGCACCAUACUGCAUAACAUCUGUAUUGGCAAUGACGACAUUAUGGCAGUAGAAGAAGAGCAACCUGAGCAAGAGGAAGAAGACGUGGCUGGGGAGACUACAAAUGGAAGUGCUCUGCGUGAACGCAUUGCUGCACAACUGUCUGCCCUGCAGGACCAUGUUAUCGAUCAUGAUUACCAUGUACAAUAUAAUUAAACUUAAAUACAAACAAGAUUGAUCUUACCCUUUAUCUUCAUUUCACA